AUGCAUCAUUACCUGACACAUACCAAGUACAUCCUCACAGAACACGACGAUUUUGCUCAGAUCGUGCAAAUAUGGCAAGAAGAGCUACCCAAGGUGGCAUUCACAGCAGACUACUGCAUGCAUGCAGUGCUGGGCUUCUCUGCCCUCCACAAAGCACACACGGAGCCGGAGCUCGCUCCAGCGCUACGGACAAGCGCUGUAGAUCAUCUUGACAAAGCCUUGGUACGAUACCGAGAGAAUGGCGGGAUCACCACAGCCGAGAACGCGAGUGCGAAGUUCGCAUUUACUUGGUUGGUGGUGCUCUUUGCGUACGCUAUACCUCUAUCAGUGCCUCCCAUUGACGCCAUGGUGGAACUUUUUCAUCUCGUGAAAGGCGUCGAUACCAUUUUAGCAGAAAGCUGGUUCUGGGUUUCCCAAGGGCCAUUCGCCCCUGUUCUGGCUCGUGGACUCGGCGAUGCAAUCACACUACAGCCAGGUCGGAAUCCCUUACCUGAGGGCAUGGACUUUGGUCUUAAUCAUCUUGACUAUAUGCUCGGAUCAGAAGCCAUGCUUACUGCCGAUCGGCGGGGUUGCGCCAUGAUACUGGCGGAACUGAAGCAGUUAUACGACAAUGUCCUCCGACCUCAGGCCGGGGUCAGCGUUGCAUCAAUAUUGUGCUUUCCGAAGCAGGACUCGGCGCCUUUUGGUCAGCUGAUCAAGCGAAGAGUUCCUCAAGCUCUGAUCAUCCUCGCAUAUUACUGUGUGCUUCUGGACAUCUUGGACAGCAGAUGGUGGAUUAGUGGAUGGUCCACGAGAGUUCUGCGGGACAUCAUGGGUACACUGGCCGAGUCAUGGCAGAACUGGAUCGAGUGGCCUAUAUCAAGCGUUUUACUGAAGCCGGAAGCUACGGCACCAAGUCCUAGUGAGAGGCUGGGUUUACUUGUGUAG